AUGUCUGCAGCACAGCUCCUCAACCCGAAGGCCGAGUCGAGACGGCGGGGUGAAGCUCUGCGAGUGAACAUCUCUGCGGGCGAGGGUCUGCAGGAUGUGCUCAAGUCAAACCUCGGCCCCCUAGGGACUAUCAAGAUGUUGGUGGAUGGCGCGGGACAGAUCAAAUUGACCAAGGAUGGCAACGUUCUCCUCCGCGAAAUGCAAAUCCAGAACCCCACAGCCGUUAUGAUUGCGCGAGCAGCCACAGCCCAGGACGACAUUUGCGGUGAUGGAACAACGUCGGUCGUGCUCCUGGUCGGCGAGCUGCUGAAGCAGGCAGACCGCUACAUCUCCGAGGGUCUGCAUCCCCGAAUCAUCACUGAUGGUUUUGAGAUCGCAAAGAAUGAGGCCUUGAAGUUCUUGGACCAGUUCAAGCUACCGAAGGAGGUCGACCGCGAGCUUCUCCUCUCCGUCGCACGGACAUCCCUCGCCACAAAGCUGAAUGCGACACUGGCUGAGCGGCUUACACCUGACAUCGUGGAUGCUGUUCUUGCCAUCUACCAGGCGCCGGCCAAGCCCGACUUGCACAUGGUGGAGAUUAUGAAGAUGCAACACCGAACUGCUUCGGAUACUCAGCUGAUUCGUGGACUUGCCCUUGAUCACGGUGCCAGGCACCCCGAUAUGCCCAAGCGAGUCGAAAACGCCUACAUCCUCACACUCAACGUCGGCCUCGAGUACGAGAAAUCCGAGAUCAACUCCAGCUUCUUCUACUCUAGCGCAGAGCAACGUGACAAGCUCGUCGAGAGCGAGCGGAGAUUUGUGGAUGCCAAGCUUAAGAAGAUUGUGGAGUUGAAGAAGGAGGUUUGCGGCAACGACCCCAAGAAGAACUUUGUAAUCAUCAACCAGAAGGGCAUCGAUCCCCUAUCGCUUGAUGUACUGGCAAAGAAUGGAAUCCUGGCACUCCGCCGGGCCAAGAGGCGAAACAUGGAGAGGCUGCAGUUGAUCUGUGGCGGUAUCGCUCAGAACAGUGUCGAGGACCUCUCUCCCGAUAUCCUGGGCUGGGCUGGCCUUGUCUACGAGCAACAGCUGGGCGAGGAGAAGUUCACCUUCGUCGAGGACGUCAAGGACCCCAAGUCUGUGACCCUCAUGAUCAAGGGCCCCAACCAGCACACCAUCGCUCAGAUCACCGACGCCGUGCGGGAUGGCCUGCGCAGCGUUUACAACAUGAUCGUGGACAAGAGUGUGGUCCCCGGUGCUGGUGCUUUCCAGGUGGCUUGCGCCGCCCAUCUCAAGAGCGACGAAUUCGCAAAGACGGUGAAGGGCAAGGCCAAAUGGGGUGUUGAAGCUUUCGCUGAUGCCCUCUUGAUUAUUCCCAAGACUUUGGCAGCCAAUGCUGGUCUCGACAUUCAGGAUUCCCUUGCCAACCUCCAGGACGAGCUAAACGAUGGCAAUGUUGUUGGCCUGGACCUCACCUCGGGAGAGCCAAUGGAUCCUACUCUGGAGGGUGUCUACGACUCGUUCCGCGUGCUGAGGAACUGCGUUGCGUCCAGCGCAGGCAUCGCCUCUAACUUGCUAUUGUGCGACGAGCUGUUGAAGGCACGCCAGAUGAGCAGGCAAGGCCCACCAGGGGCAGACCAGGGGGAAAUGGCACCGUACGAUAGUGAUUCGUCGGACGACGAGGGCCAGGAUUUCACAGAGACCAAUGUUCUCCUUGGUUAUGCGGACAAAGAUUCGAGAGGCGAGGUUGUAAGCCGCCUCGGCGGUCGUCCUGAAUGGCUCGAGCAGGACAAAGCCCCCUCGGCGGCCUUGGCUAAGUGCAAGGUCUGCAAGGACAUCAUGGUCUUGCUCCUCCAGCUCAAUGGCGAACUACCGGAUCGCUUCCCCGGCCACGAACGGAGGAUAUACGUCUUUGCCUGCCGCCGCAAGAGCUGUAGGAGGAAGGAGGGCAGCAUACGCGCCGUGAGAGGCGUGAGGGUGUCUGCCCAGGCUGCGGCGGCGGCUGGGCAGGCAAAGGAGGAGAAGAAGGCCCCGGCCGAGCCGGAGAAGAAGCAGGCCGGGCCCGGCCUGGGCGACGCGCUCUUUGGCGCGAAGUCGUUUGGCGGCGGGUCCGGGUCUGCGAACCCGUUCUCUUCGCCAGGCUCAGGCGGCAACCCGUUCUCCAAGCCGUCGGCGGCGGCGGCGCCAGCCAACCCGUUCAGCAAGCCUGCCCCUGCUACCGACAAGGCGGCCGCGGCCGAGGCCGAAGCCAAAUCGACAGAAGACGCGGUCAGAGACCUCCCCAAGACCUUCGCCGAGACACUCAACCUCAACAACCCACAGCAACAAGCCACGGCGGGCCCGCCCCCGCCGCCUGAGCCCUGGCCGGCGGAGGACGCGCAAGCGAACCCGUACCCGGUGCUCUGGAUCUCCGAGGCAGAGUACGAGACGCUCGACCCGACGCCCAUGCCCGGCGUCCCCACGACGACGACCAUGGAUAUCGACGACCCGGCCGGCUCGUCCGGCGGGAGUGGAGGCAAGGAAGACAAGGAGGUGUUCGAGUCGAGCAUGGACGCGACCUUUCAGAAGUUCGCCGACAGGGUGGGGCAGAACCCGGAGCAGGUCAUCCGGUACGAGUUUGCGGGCCAGCCCCUGCUGUACAGCAAGGACGACGCGGUGGGCAGGGCGCUCGGGCCGGCUGCCGGCGGCGGCCAGGGCGGCGUCGGCGCGAGCAGGGGCAUCCCGCGGUGCGCGGCCUGCGGCGCGGGCAGGCUGUUCGAGGUGCAGCUGACGCCCAACGCAAUCGCCGAGCUGGAGGCCGACGAGGAAGGGCUCGAGGGCAUGGACUGGGGCACGAUCAUCGUGGGCGUCUGCGAGCGGGACUGCCAGGCGCGCGGGGUCGGGGAGGGAGAGGCGGGCUACCUGGAAGAAUGGGCCGGUGUGCAGUGGGAGGAGUUGUCUGCAAAGAGGUGA